AUGGCUCGAAAUGGCGGGCGCUUAGAGCGAUUCUAUCACGGGUUGAUACGACCAGUUUCGGUAGGUGGAGGGUUGCCCUUUAGCUUGGGUCUCCCGUGCGAUUUGAGAUUUCAGGAUAUCUUGACUAGGGUGCCUAUUGGCAAAAUUCGAGCCCGGGCGUGA